CCUGUUACUCUCUUACCCUGUGCUCUUCUGUUCUCCAGCAUGGUGUGCUUGUGGUUCCCCAGGGGCACCUGGAUGGCAGCUCUGACUCUGAUACUGAUGAUGCUGAGUCCUCCUCUGGCUUUGUCCAGGGACACCCGACCACGUUUCCUGGAGCAGAUUAACCACGAGUGUCAGUUCACCAACGGGACGGAGCGGGUGAGACUUGUGGACAGAUACUUCUACAACCGGGAGGAGUAUGUGCGCUUCGACAGCGACGUGGGGGAGCACGUGGCGGUGACAGAGCUGGGGCGGCCGGACGCCGAGGCCUGGAACGGCCAGAAGGAGUUCAUGGAGCAGAAACGGGCCGAGGUGGACACGGUGUGCAGACACAACUACGGGGUUGGUGAGAGCUUCACGGUGCAGCGGAGAGUUGAGCCUGUGGUGACUGUGUAUCUGGCAAAGACUCAGCCCCUGCAGCACCACAACCUCCUGGUCUGCUCUGUGAAUGGUUUCUAUCCAGGACACAUUGAAGUCAGAUGGUUCCGGAAUGGCCAGGAAGAGGAGGCUGGGGUUGUCUCCACAGGCCUGAUCCAGAAUGGAGACUGGACCUUCCAGAUCCUGGUGAUGCUUGAAACCAUUCCUCAGAGUGGAGAGGUUUACUCCUGCCAAGUGGAGCACCCAAGCCUGACGAGCCCUGUCACAGUGGAAUGGAGGGCACAAUCGGGAUCUGCACAGAGCAAGAUGCUGAGUGGAAUCGGGGGCUUGGUUCUGGGUCUGCUCUUCCUUGGGGCGGGGCUGUUCAUCCACUUCAGGAACCAGAAGGCACGCUCUGGACUUCAACCAACAGGACUCCUGAGCUGAAGUGAAGAUGGUGA